GCGAUUCUUCCGGGCCCCUAGGGAGUCCAAGUGACGUUAACGUUAUUUCUCUACGUAAUUAUUUAAUUAAAAACUUUUAUCUAAAUACUUACGACUUGACAAGCGAGAAUUUAAUGUUAUUUACGUUUUAUCUGAAAAUUGAAUUUUAAAACACUGGGAUCUAGUUAUUGCAUAAAGUGAAAAAUAUUAUUUUCGGAUAGUAAAUAUUCGGAUAUUUCUUCUAGUCUCGUAGCUGAGCCCGUAAAAUUACGUUGAAAACAAUUACAGUACAAGGAUUAAAGUUAAUUACAUAAAGCUGAUUUUUUUUUAAAAAUAAUAAUACUCAUGAAUUGCUAAAACAAACUCCUUUAUUUGUAAUCAAAGGUAGAUAAAAACAGAUCUACGAUGCUGCCUAAAAGUUUAUUGGCAGCCAUAUUGUUCUGUCAUAGUAUUUACUUAGCGCAUGCGCAGUCAACGCCAACUCCCAGCACUAUACCUGGACGGGUUUACGAGAUGGAAAAAGAUGAUCUUAUACUAUUGAACGUGGCGGCAAAAGGGCGGGUUGUGGAACUGUUAGCAGAUGAGCUUGCACGGACGGAAAUAAUCCGGGCACUUCUUGUUGAGUAUGGCCGGGAAUGUGUGGAGAAUGUGACGUUACUUGAGAAACAUUGCCUUGAUUGUAUGAUGGAUAGAUGCAGCAACAGGAUGUCAGAGUGUCAUAUAGAUGGCCCACCAUUAUCAGAGGUUAUAAACCACAGUCCAAGUCCCAUCCAGGGCCUCCAGUUCUUGUCAAAUUCGCCUCGAGUUGUAAACGAGGGAAUGAAAAAAUUUGCCAAAAGAGCUCGAACGGACAUCUUAAAAGAUGUACCUGAAACUUUACGAGAAGAGGGGGAAGCUAUCAUGCAUGCAGAAGUAGACCAAAGUUUACAAGAUCUAAAAGAAAACAUGCAAACGGAAAAGGCUUUACAAAAGCUCAGUUUGCACGUGCAAAAGGCAGCAGAUAAUGUGAAAAACCUACCAGACGUUGGUGAUAAACUUGGCACAAUUAUUGUAGAAAAUGAAGAUCACGCCAUUAAUCUGGCCGAGCUUCUCGCUAGACGCCUGAAGAGUUCUCGCCCCUUCUUGGAAUCAAUCAAUCACAAUGGUGCACGUGUUAUAGAACAAAUGCCGUCAGUUCUCGACAAAGUUGGGGAGCGUGUCAAAGUAUUCAAGGAGAAGGUUUCUGGUGUCUUCAACAAAGUUCUCGACACUUUCCAUACAGUCAUCAACGAUCCUGAGACUCCUGUGAUGAAUGGAAAUCUUCAGCAGCAAAACGUCAUGAGUCAAAAUCAAAACCCAAAUCAACAAAUAGGUGGUAUACAGUUCCAAAGUCAACAGGGCAUUUUUAGAGGAAUGUCAUCGCCUAGACAUCAACAGUUCAAUCCACAGCAAUUCCGCCAACCACAGGGUGGUCAAUGGCCAGCAGUUUUAAAUAACCCUGCACAAUUCAAUCAAGGUCAGACGGCACCUAAUCAACAAUUCAAUCAAAUACGGCUCCCCCCUCCUCCACAGAACAUGAAUCCUGCAUUUAACCCCAACCUUCCGCAACAUCGUCAGGUUAAUCAAAUACCAGGAAGUACUGUGCCUAGUCCGGGUCACGUGCAAGCAGGCAGGCGUCGGAGACACACAGAUCCCGACUGCAAGCGCCUGAAAGAUGAUCCAGAUACGUACUGUCGAACUUACGAAUCACUUUGUCAUAACUGUACAUUAGAGAAAAGGCUCAGAUUUGAAGUGUGUGGUGAUGGUGUAGAAAAAGCACGUGAUGAAAUCAAGAGAAUGGACAAAUCUGUUGAGAACUACCUUAAAGCUUACGAAGACUACAUUGCUGGUGAUAAUCUGGUCUUUAAGGUUGAAUUAAACACCACAAAUCGUCUUCAUAAGACAAAUUCGUUUUUCGAUGCGUUUGUAACAGCUAAAAUCGGACCGUCAAUAUUUCGUUAUACCACCAAAAUGAUACUAAAUAUUGACGAUAUUCGCUCAACUGGUCUCCAAAUCGGUGAUGAACUGUGGGAAAAACUUUGGGAAAAUAACGUAUUUGAAGAAGCCAGAAAACCGGAAAUUGUCCCUCAAACUUUUCACAUUAUGGGACAAGUUCACAUAAAGGAUGUUCAUCAGGCGCAUGCUCAUAGUCAGGAGACCGGAAGUGCGUCAUUGCCGCGUGUUGGGUGGACGAGUUUCAUAUCCGUGUUAUUUGCACUCGUCUUCAUCUUCGUGUAACUUAAGUUGUGCAUAUUUUUGCAAUUUAUUUAUUUUGCAAAUCAAAAAGUGUAUUUUCAAUACCACAUAAUGUUCCAUUUUAUUUCAAAUAUACUUUCUUUAUUUAUAACAAAAUCUUUGGAACGCACAAAGGUAUAUUUUAAAGGUGAAACGUCUGCUCACGUACAUUGCCUUCUCCCAGAAAUCAUUGUAAAUAUUUCCGUUCUGUUUCUCCAACACAAUUUUUGUGUAAGCUUGAAAUUAUAUUUAUUAUAUUGUCAUUUUUGCAUUUUUAUGAUGUUUUUUUAAUUGAUAACCUUGUUUGAUAUAACUUAAUGAAUAAUUAUUUAUAUAACGUUGUUUAAUAAAUCUGUAUUGUACAUGGUUAUAUUUUAUUUCAAAUAAAAG